AUGGGCAUGAUACGCCGAGGCUAUAAUCCUUCUUUUUGCUUUCUAUUUUCUUUUUAUUUCGUUUGUUCCCCAUCAACUUUGCUUCUCAUUAGUUUAUCUUCUUUUUUCAUCAUCAGCAGCCUGACAUUAUAUAUUCUUGCCAUUAUUUCUACUACUGCUUUGAAUCUCAUCUAUUACUCCUCCUUUUCUUCUUAUUUGUCUCCUUCUUCCUCUACUCUGAAACUCAUUUAUACUUUUUCUUCUUCCCAUAAUUCUUUUCUUCUUCCACUUUUUAUCAUGACGUUUUACUCUUUGCCUCCUCCUCCUCUUCCUCCCCCUCCUCCUUCUUCUUCUUCUUCUCUGAAAUCCAUUUGUUCUUUUUCUCUGUUUCCCAUUAUUCUUUUCCUUAUCUUCUUCUUCUUCUUCUUCUUCUUCUUCUUCUUCUUCUUCUUCUUCUUCUUCUUCUUCUUUUCCUUCUUCUUCUCCUCCUACUCUGAAAUCCAUUUGUUCUUCAUUUUCUUCUUCUGGCAUAUUUCUUUUUUGUUGUUGUUGUUGUUGUUCUUCUUCUUCUUCUUCUUCUUCUUCUCUGAAUUCAAUUUCUUCUUCAUUUUCUUCUUCUGGCAUAUUUCUUUUUUGUUAUUGUUCUUCUUCUUCCUCCUCCUCCUCUUCAUUUCUUUGUCUUCUCCCUGUCUACUUCUCUUCUCUUAA